UGCCGCAAAUCUCAGCAGAAGAAGAAAAUUAUAGUGUCAAUCGAACCGAACCUGAACUCCCGUCGAGUUUCUCCCUCGGAUUCUCCCCGUUGUAGAUCCAGAAGACCGUCCCGGUUCCACCAGAACCCGCUCCGAACUCCGUCAUGGCGCAGGAGAACAUUUUCCUCUUCGUUCCUAAUCUAAUCGGUUACGCCCGUGUGGUUCUGGCCCUGCUGUCCUUCUACCUGAUGCCCUGCUGUCCGUGGCCGGCCGUCUUCUUCUACUUGCUCAGCGCUCUGCUGGAUGCCUUCGACGGUCACGCUGCCCGAGCGUUGAACCAGUCCACUAAGUUCGGGGCGAUGCUGGACAUGCUGACGGACCGAUGCGCCACCAUGUGUCUGCUGGUCAACCUGUCGCUGCUCUACCCAUCCUUCACCUUCCUGUUCCAGGUCAGCAUGUGUCUGGACAUCGCCAGCCACUGGCUUCACCUGCACAGCUCUACGAUAAAAGGAUCAUCGAGUCAUAAGACAAUCGACCUGUCUGGAAACCCCAUCCUCAGGAUCUACUACACCUCCAAGCCGGUGCUGUUUGUGAUGUGUGCUGGAAACGAACUCUUCUUCUGUCUGCUUUACCUGCUGCAUCACAUCGAGGAACCUGCAGCGUGGCUCUACUGGCUGCUGGGUCUCUGUGGGAUCAUCUGCCUGCUGAAGUCGGCCAUCAGUCUGCUGCAUCUCAUCACCGCCUCCCAGAACAUGGCCGCCCUGGACGCCGCCGAGCGGGAGAAGUCUGCCAAGAUGCAGUGAGAGGUCAGGAGUAGGCCGGACGCCAGCGAAAACCACCACGUUUCUUAUUUAUUCUGACGCUUGAACUGACAGGACGAGAAAGAAAAAGCCGAUUUGUGACCAAGCAGGAGAAAAUUCCAAGAAGGAGAGUUUAACGGGGUUCACAGUUCUAAUUUCUGACCUCUGGUUUAUUUUACAAGCAAACACUGAACAUAAAUAUAUCAAGAAAUGUCCCACUGUAACAAAAACAACACGUGUUAUAGGAUGUCCUGCUGAAAUCUGUAUUUAAGGACCGUUAGUGUCCCAGUUUGAGACUCUUCUGUAUUAUUAUUAUUCUCACAUUUAAGCCACAGAUUUGUCCUUUUAUGUCGUAUUUAUCUGCAUUAAUGUCGUUUUUCCAUUAGAGCUGAAACCACCAGUCGGUUAAUAAUUCAUUAAUUGACACAAAUGUCCUUGAGUCUCAGGUUGCAGCUUCACAGUAAACUGAACAGUCUGUCAUUUUAAAGACCAAACUGUCGAUUAAUUGAUCCAAAAAGUUGCGAAUAAACUUCAGCUGCAGCUUUAUUUCCUGUUAUUUUACGAUGAUGAGGCACUUCCAGGCACCUUUAGCAUCUUUUAGUUUAGUUCUUGUCAAUGAAACUUGUGCUAUUAAUAUUUUUUUCCAGAUGUUUGUUCGUGUUUUUUCAUCCGACGCUAAAUAUCUUUGACUUGACGGUAAUAAUAACACACAAGAAGCUCUCACUUCAUUUAUCUCUGCCUUGUUUUGAUUUGUCUGAAGUGCACACAGAUGAAAAUCACGGUGGUUUGAAGGCUCCAAAUGAAUUCCUAUCUGUCUUUAAUCAGAAUAAAAAGACAAAACAUUCCCCGACUAGUGUAAAGCACGACUUCUGAUCAAACAGCGCAACUUUAUUUCGAUUAAUUCUGAUUUAAUCCGACACAUUAUUGGACAGAAACAUCCUCUGACAUGAAACAAAUUCCGUCUGCUUGUAAAAUAAAAGUUUAGGAGCUCAGAAAACCGCACUGAAGACGUGUUUUCACAUCAUUUCAGUUUAUUUUCCACUGAUCAGUCAUUGUGUGGAGCUGCUCGUGUUUUUAUUAACCAGCUGUUAACUCAUCUGCAGACAAUCAAAGCAACAAAUAUCCGAUUGAUUUAGGAAAAAAGGGCAGCAGAUGCUAAAACAGCUGGAUAUUUGGGAUGAAUUUCUCACACAUCCGACAGAUGCAGGUCUAUUAAAGGAACAAAGUAUUCGUCUUAUUGAGUGCCAAAAGUGUUUUAAUGCUGUUGGUUGGAUUUUUGCUUUUCUAAAAGUGAAUAUUUAUGACAAAAAUCCAAGUUUACAAAAUGUUAUAGAUAAAACAGCGACAUGAAAUCUUCUCUGAGCUUCAUUUUCUCUGAUAAAUCACAGUUUAUUCCUCGAUUAAGGCUGAUAAAAUAUAUCAGUCAACCUCCAGAAAAAUCAUCUGUAAUCAAUAUUUUUAAGGGAAAAAGUUCAAACUUUUCUGCUUUCAGCUUCUACAAUGCGAAUAUUUGCUCGUCUCUUUGUCUUUAAUGUUACGUUUGGACAAAAUAAGAUGUCUGGGAGCCAUUUUACAUCAAUUUUUUUCAAGUUUUAUGGACCAAAUGAUUAACCGGGAAAAUAAAUCGCGUCGAUAAACAUCUGGACAUCUUGCGGCUCUUUUCGAAAAUCUCAACUGAGGAUUUUUCUAAUGAGCUGAUGAGCAAAUAAAACCCGACUAACCACCGACAUUUCCAGAUUCUUCCUUUUGCUGUACCUGCUUUAUACUGUAACUACAACGUGCAAUUCUUGGAAAAAGUGCAGCGUGAUUGCAGCAUUUCCACCAAUAGACACCAAAACGGUGAAUCCAGCAGGUCGAAGCGAGCAGAAUGAUCCUUUAAAAACACGACAUAAACGAUGACUUAUCAGAAACCACAACCUGUCACUUCAUUUUGCAUCCAGACGAGCAGCCGGCAUAGAAACUUCACUCACUUUUUUUGUUUUAUUGUUCAUUUUUUGAGUCUGUGUCCCUGAAAUCGACCAAUCAAAUCGCAGCUUUCGCCAAACUUUGUGCUUAAAUAUUCCCCUCGUCACAUCCGAGCCACUGCUUGUUUCUGUUUUUACUGUUUGUUCUAGAGAUUCCUGCCGAUGUUUUAGUGGUUAAGUAAACGGUGUUUGCAGUCGGAGGGAUUUUGGAGCUUCUUUGAUAUGAGUGGUGUCGUUUCUUAGCGUUAGAACGGGUUUGGUUCCUUAUUUUAGCCGACUAGAAACGGUAGAAGUUAUGCAGGUCAUACAUUUAGCUCACCAGGUGUUUCAGUUUGUGGUUUGAAGUCACAGACUGCUGCUGUUAAGUCAGAAUGUGUGAAUAAAUGUUUUUCAUGGAGCUUAUUUCCUAGAAUGUAUUAUUAUAAAGUAUAUAGAUCUAUAUCUGUACGUGAAAACCAAGUCUGAUGUUAUAUUUAAAAGAAAUUAGUUGAAAUCUUUGAAGGAUCUGUUGGUUUGAAUUUAUUGUAAAAGCUGCAAAAUAUAAUAAAAAACUAUGAAAACAA